UCCUUAAAAAUAGAAAAUGUUAACAUCAAAUUUCAUUAAAUAGCUACUGGUUCCUGAUAAGUAAAUUUAGUUCAAAAAUCCUUUAUUGACUUACUGCUCUACAGUAAGAAUACAUGGUUGAGAUUUUUAGUAUACUUUUUCAAUAAUUAACUAUUGUAUUUUAAAACAUUGUAUAAUACAUUUUUAAAACUGAAUGGCUCAACCUAUCACUGUCACAUAAACAGUGGAAUAUUGCCAUAUAGAAUCUUGAGCUCAUUGAAGAUUUUUUGCCAAAAUAAUUUCGUAAACUAGAAUAGAUAGUAUUCUGUUGAAACCGUCUAAUGGUUAAGAUAAAAAUAAAUAACAAAGUUUCUUGAAGAGUUCAGAUUAAUCCUGUUAACAAGACAUAAGCUACCGGGACAAUUACGCUUGAAAUUAAACUUCCCUUGACUAUAUAACAUAAAACUAUAUAAUAUGUUUUCACCAACUCAUAAAAUCCUAUUCUACGUUCCUCCAACGUUUGUGCUCUUGGAUGCGUUUGGUCACGUAUAAUAUUAUAACGCGAAGAAAAAAAAACAGAGCCUAUUACAAAUAUAUGACAAGCUACAUGGUUUUAAAAAUACUACACCAAUAAACUUUGAUAUUCCAGUUCAUACGUUUGAGCAUAGAGAUAAAAAUGGAAGAGAACAACAGAGAUGCUGCGGUUCUAUCAGAACGACUUAUACGCCCCCAGACAAAGACACUGGACAGACCUACCCAUGAUUUUGACCUACCCGUGGUUGAUAGUGAUGGCGAGACUUGCAGGUCAAAGGGAGCACACAGGACAGUUGCUGUCCAGAGGUUUUCUAGGUACAGUAUCCCACCACAAAACGAUUUUACUAGAACUAUGAACAAAGUACCUAAACAAGCUCAUACUACGAUGAAUAACCAUAAUUUGGCACUAGGUAAGCACAAAUCUUAUGAUCCUCUAAAGGCCAGUCAAGAUGGUAGUAGAAUUCCUUUAUCACAAAAUGUUCGUAAUUCUAAAAAUCAUCCUCAUAAUCGCCGUUCACAGCCUUGUAAGGCGUGCACCCGAAGAGUCGCCCCAGAGCGCUUGCAUAAUCAUAGCUGUAACAAUUGGCAUAACCAUAAGUCUAAAAUAUCUAAGGCUCCAGUUUCAGAUGAGUUAAAAAUCCAGCUUAAAAGUGAAACAGAAUCAGAUUCGAAAGAUAUCCAGUCCAUGGAAGGAAACAACCACACGGAAGAGAAAGACGAAACGAGUAGAAAUAUCUUUACCAAAAAAAUUAACGAACCUAAGAACGUGUCCAAGGCGCCGAAGAUUCAACAAUUUCACAAAAUGGACGUAGAAGCAGAUAUGAACGAGUUAAGCCCAUACGCUGGAGCUUCAAACCCAACUGGGCCUCCAACUGUAAAUUGUUACAUUUGUGGACAAGAAACUGAUAGGCAGUCGAUAUCCGAUCACGAAUCACAGUGCUUGCAGAAGUGGCGAACUGCAAAUGAAGACCUACCUCCAGAGCAAAGACAACCAGAGCCUGAAAAGCCAGACUGUGACAGUACUGUAUCAUGUGACCAGAACAAUGACGCCUCAUGGCAAGCAUUUCAAGCUCAACUCGUUCGGUGCUCUAAUUGUGGUCGAACAUUUUUUCCAGAACGCCUACCUGUCCACCAGAGGGCGUGCAAGUCUAAAAGUGAUGGUGUAGAUCGAAAAGCUAAGGAAAUUGAAGAACGGAUUUUUGUGCACCAACAGCAAAGGCUGAAAGAAACUGUUCUUAAAAGAAUCCCUCUUAUCACCUGCUAUAUUUGUGGUCGAGAAUUUGACAACACGUCAAUCUCCUUGCAUGAGCCUCAGUGUCUACAGAAAUGGAAAAUAGAAAACAGAAAACUUCCCAAAGAAAUACAGAGACCAGAGCCCCAGAAACCCGAACCAGUAUUUAAAGAAGACGGUACAAUAGACUUUGCUGCUAUGGCCCAAGCCGCUUGGCAGAGCCACUUGGAACAACUAGCACCUUGUUCUCGGUGUGGUCGUACAUUUUUUCCCAACCGUUUAGUUGUGCACAGCAGAAGCUGUAAAGGUCAAGGUCAUGUCGCUGAACAUUCACCUAACUUACCAACGAAAGGAACCCCUCAACUAUCAAAAACUUGAUAUUGGUUUACAGUUUCAAGCUUAUGAUAUAGGGAUUUUUUUUCUUAGACAAACUAAACGAUUUAAUAACACCUAAAAGUUAACUUUUUAUAAAUAUUUUACAUAGGAUAUUUUUUAAAGAAUCAGUUAAACUUCUGAAAAUUUAAUAUUUUGUUAAAAUAACAGAAAUGAGUGGAUGGAUAUUUAAGUUAUCAAUGUUUAUAUUGUUGAUAGAGUUUUAUGACUUAGACUAAAACAAAAAUAUAGUACUGAACAAUCUGUUGAAAGAUAUUUAAUGAUUGAUUACAGAAAAAAUAAUAUUUGUUGAAAAGGCACUAGUCUUCGCAAAGACAUUUUAAUGCUAGAACAUCAAGUAUAAAUAUUGGUGUAGAAUUUUACUAACUGAUGUUAUAGUAUAUUAGCUGUAAUUUAAAUUUUUCCUUAGAGAAAUUUUUAAGUGUGUUAAAUUGUGAAUUUUAUAGAAUUUCUUCGAGAAAUUGUGGAAAAUCUUGUUACUAACGCCAUAGAUGGUGCUGAUGGCGCUUAACGUCGAAUGAAUUGGCUGUGUUUAUCAUUGCAUAUUUUGUGUCAAGGGACAGAAACAAAAAGAAAUCAAAGUAAUUUUAAAACAAGAAAUCCAUUGUUCUUACAACUGAUUAGUUAUUUUACGAAAUAAGUAAAAACGUAUUCAGUUUAAUACACACACAAAUAUAUUUGAAAAUCGUAUCUGUAGAACAAAAAGCACGUCUCUUGUUUUCCUUUUCACGUGUGUUAUAUCAGUGAACAGAAAUUAGAAAACUCUUGAAAUUUGAAGUUAACUUGUGCUAAUUCGGAGAUUUUUAAUUUUCCUCAACGUUUCGAAACAAAGAUUUGAAAGCCGGCAUAUUUUACGCCGAGGAAAUGCCACGCCAACUUUAUAACUAGGGAAGGUGGUAAGAAAGAAACAUGUUUACUUAAAAGGCUGUAUAAGGCUAACACCAGGCAAUUUAACUGGACACAAAGAAGCCAAAUAUAUCGGCUGGUAGAAAAAGGUUAUAUCACUAGGUUUCGCAUCUGA